UACACAACUGACUGCUGCACUGAGACGGGCUGCUUGUGCCGCGAGAGUUAAUGAGUGGCCAAAGUGCAUCUGAGCGCUGAACAAAUGCUCAAAUUAUGUAGUGAAGUUAUCCUGAGUCAUGGAGUCAGUUUUUCUGGACCGAUGGAUGUUGUGGAGAAAAGUCUUCUCUGUCUUGCAAAAUAAUGCUCAGGAGGCAGAGUUCCUGAUGUCAAAAUUAGACCUUAUUUCAAGAAGACAACAAAGCUGACAUGCCUGCAAAACACCUGAAUCUGUCUCUGUCCAGACUACCAUCUUUGUACAAUUUCGUUAUCGGUCACUGUCCAAUGAGCGUACAGACCAUUUUUUGAUACAUCAUUCCCAGUCCUUUUCCACAAUUGUUUUCAUAAUGCUUGCUUUCACUGUAGAAAACCACCUGUUAGUCUGUUUUUCAAGAGAUAACUUCUCUUAUCUACCACUUUCCGGGUGCCCAAGGUUGCAGAGGCAUAUACAUUUUAGGAUUUUAACGAGCUGUCAGGGUUUUAAUGAGUUUUACACACGUAAUCUAUCUCAUCCUGUGGCAUCUCCCAUCUUAGGUACUUCCUUCUGUAUUCUCUAUUCAUAAGCGCAGUCAUGUAGGCCUACACAGUUAGUCAGUUUGGUCUUGAGGUCUUCAAAAUGCACCCAGCUCACAUAUGAGGCAAUCUAACUUUCACAAACAUGCAAAGUAACUUCAAUUGUUUUCUAUUAGAUAAAAAAAUAUUUCAUAAUGGACUGCAGGGUUCUGGUCGUUCCACACAUGAUUUCUGGAGCUCAUCCAGAGUUAUCAGUUUUUUUUUAUUCACCAAGACCCUUCUCCCCUGAUUUCUCUGUGUGGCCUUCCCCUGAUCUGUGCCUUGGAAAUGGGAUGCAUCUGGGAAAAAUUUCUACUGUGAUAAUACUAAUUGUGUACUGUCUGUGUGAUAUAUAUAAUAUAUAUUUCUUAAUUUGCAAAGGGGAGAGGGGCAACACUGUUUAACAGUAAAACAUAUAACACUGUUGUAUUUCAGGUAAGGUCAAACAGUCUAGAAAGAAACUUUGUUGCUCCUCCUCUCACCGUCACUAUGGAAAACAUUACCUCAUCAACCACGACUCAAGUGACCAAGACAGUGAAAGGGGGUUAUGCAGAGACCAGGAUUGAAAAAAGGAUCAUCAUAACAGGAGAUGAUGAUGUGAAUCAACAUCAGGCUCUCGCCAUGGCAAUACAGGAAGCCAAACAACAGCACCCUGAUAUGCUGGUAACUAAGGCCAUAGUAGUCAGGGAAACAGACUCUUCAUAUGAAGAGAAACACAGAGCAUAUGAGUCUUGAUCAAUAGAAGGUGCUGUUUGGAACAUGAACAGAAGAUCAGCUCUGGUUCUAUGUAUUUCAGUUGAAAGGAGUUGUGCUACUUAUGCUACUGAGCAGUUUGCUCAAAACAAAUCACCCAUGCACCCAGUCCUCUGCCAUCACACUCCACUCUGUCCAUCUUAUGGCGCUUUUCCACUGCGUGGUACGACUCGGCUCAGUACGGCUCAGUACGGCACG